AUGCCAGGAGUGAGGUGCGUCAACACGGGUCCCGGGGCGGUGUCUGAAGCAGGCAUACUUCAGAUAAACUUGGAUAGGAGCCAGGCCGCCCAAGACCUGCCUACCCAAACUGCUGUGGCUAUGGGGGCCAGCAUACUGCUGGUAUCUGAGCCUAGCAGGGCGGGGAAGCAAGGUAACUGGCUGGUGGACACGAGGGGGGACGCGGCAAUCCUUGGGACGCGAAACCUAACCAGCAACCUGACACUGGGUGGAAGAGGUGAAGGCUUCGUGUGGGUGAGAGUAGGCAACACGAGUGUCUUCAGCUGCUACUUCUCGCCCAACACGUUGAGGCAAGCCCUGGAGAUGCGGCUGGACGGCCUCGAGGAGGCAGUCAGGGCGGCUGGGUGUAGGAUCCUCAUAGCAGGGGACUUCAACGCGAAGUCGCCGCUAUGGGGAUCCGAUAGACGGGACAAGAGGGGCGAGAUCGUGGCGAAGUUCUUGGCCAGACUCGAUCUCUAG